AUGAGACGGGUAAUCUUUUUUGUGGGGUUACUCUCGACCCUUCAGGCCAACCAAUUUAUACCUCAGGAUCUCAGUAAGUCGUUUACUUUAUGAAAUUUUUACAAUUUCUAAAUUUUAAAGUCUCGAAACUAAUAUUAUACUAUAUUUUGAGUCAUCAUUUUACUGAAAAUCUUACUUUUACAUCAAGGUAAAGUCGUUAUGUCACUUGUAUAAAACUUUUGAAAAUUAGGGUCUUAUUUAAAGUGUCAUUGUAAUAUGACAGAUGAAGUGUCAUGAAGUAUGCAGAAAGCUGGUCACGUAGAUCAACAUUGUUAUCAGCUAGAUCUUUUUUAUGUGCAAAGACAAGUUUUUUACCAGGGAAGCUACGGGCAGUAAAAUGACAAAGUUAGAUAAACAUGACAUUGCGCAACUAUUACAAUAACUAUUACAAUGUUGUGAAUAUGCUAGAUGCAUAAACAAAGUAGAAAACAGAAAUACUUUGAAAGCUAGAGUAAUAAUAAUUUAAACAAAGUUCAAAUUUUAAAAUUUAAAGCUUCACAUUUUAAAAUUUAAAAGUUUAAAUUCAAAGGAAGAACCCUCUAAACGAAUGUAAAUGUAGUUGUGAAACUCCCCAAACAGACACUUCAGAGUAACGGGUUUACUUUUUAUUGUUUUACCGUUAAUUUGCGUAAGUUGGAACAGGCUUCUGAAGUUUGCGAGAGUAGUGUAAUAUUGUCAUGUGCGCUGUGUAACAACAAAGUAUAUCAAUAAUUAUGAUUGGAAUGUUUAUUAAGUGUUAACUUGGCGAUUAAUCAGUAACUGUCUAUUACUUUUUGACGUAUAAAUAGUCAAAAGAAGUGAGAAUUCCAUGAAAGUAAACAUUAAGUUGUUUUACCCUAACCAUAGUCGUAUAAACCUGCACUAUAGUUAUAUUUACCUUAACGAUAGACCGUUUCAAAGCAAUAUAGAUGACGGUAAUAAACGUUUUGUUGAUUUAAAUUGCAAAACAAUCAGUAACACUGAUCUUUUAAUUGUUAACGUAACAUAUAUCACAGUAAGUAAUCACAUGUCUGUACCAUGGUGAAGAUAGACCCCCAGCCGUAGGUGGUUUUUACAAGUAACAUUACUGCCUUACUAUUCUAUUUCUCGCCUUACUUUCGAUUGAUUGAUCGUUUUCAUCCUGAAAAAAACAAAAAAGGUUCCCCGCUUAAAGGCACCGCUACUAUUUAACAAUUUAAAGAGAGACACGAGUAGUAAAUAAACCUGUAAAUAACAAAACAUAUGAAUAACAACCUUAUUAAUGACACAGCCAUGUUUUAACCAAGUUAUUUCCGCAAUUAAACUCUUUUUUUAUAUCGAAAAUGUCAUAAAAAUGUGACAAAAGUUGCCUUUAAGUGAUGGUAAUUUUAUGCCAAAAAAAUGAAUAAUAUUCACUCCAAAAUUAAAGUGCAAAUUUCAGAAUGCGACACAAAUCAACUGUAUGGAAGUGUCGGAGUAGAAAGUACGGCCAGAGACAAAUGGCUACUAGUACAAGUAGGACAGCUGAGUCUAGAAAGCUGUGUUAAAGCUUGUUUCGAGUACAGGUACUGUUAUUCAGUACGGUACGACCCUAAACACUUCCGGCCUUGUGGAUUCUAUCUCCACACUUCAGAAGGCUGCCAACAGAAGACUUUACAGCCGAUCAAAGACAUUACACAUGGUGAAGAUACCAUCAUCGUGGAAUGUAUCAAAUGUACAGACAGUAAAAGCGGUCAGUUACGGAGGGUACCAUACUAAGGCUUUAAAAAAUAUUAUCGUAAAAAUUAUAUAGAUUCAAUGAAAAGCUUCAAAAAACUUUAAAUAACACAACCUCAAGUAGUAGUUCCUAAAGUCUUACUGUCACAGCAAUAAUAUUUUCUUUCCAGAAGGCCCGCAAUACGGAGUGAACUACAUAAAGCGACAGAACCGAGCAGGUACAAGUGAGUAUCUUCAUUUCCCCUAAUUAUUAUUUUCUUUUCAGCCAUCGAGUUCAACCCCAACGCUGAUCCAGGUUGGUACCAUUACCUUUUAGCUUUGUUUGGUACACUUUGUUCGGAUUGCCGUUAAAAUUUUGUUUUGGGAAUGGUAGACUAACAAACGCUUUAAAAUAAGCCCACUAUAACAUUUUUGGCCUUCAUAAAUAACUUUAAAGUCUAAAUACACCAUUCGACUAUAAAAAAGGAGGAAAGUCUAAAUUUAAACCUAAAAUGCUAAUUUUAAUUCUUUCUUCCAAGCCUAAAAUCUUAAAAUAAACCACUUGAUCUUUGUCACUCUCUUGCACGACAGUUGAGUCUUUGCAUUCAAAUGAUUCACAAGUUUGUUGUACCUAAUUUCCUCAAAUUCUUCCCAUUCCUUUUACCGUUUCUCCAAGGUUAAAGUAAUUUCCGUUCUUUGAACAAAAUGAUUCACAGCACGCCACAUUCUAAUUAAAGUACUUGUUAAUAUCUUCAGCGUUUACAACAACAUUACCCACAACCUUUAAGGCCAUCAAAGGUAAGAUACGACAAUGUUGUGUUGGCGUUUAGAAUGUGACGAUGUUGGAGGAUUCAGAAGAAAACAGAGGUUCUAAAACUGACUUUGUUCUCCAUAAUAUAAGACAUUGAAACAAACUUGCCUCUGCUAUUGUCAGUCAAACUCUAAUUCAUAACAAAUUAGAUAUGAAUGUUAAAAUACUAACUAUAAAACAGUGUGAAUUUACAAAUUAUACCCAAUUAUAAGCCCAUUAAUAGAAAACUUUACAGCUUCUCCACAAUUAGAAGUUAAAGCUCAGGAUUCUCCUUUGAGUGAAGACUUUUCUGUCCUGGAUCAACAGAUAUACAAAAGGUCAUGUUUGGUGACAUACCAAGUCUACGAAGACAUCGACUCUCUCGGAUUCGAAACUGACAAAGAAGCUUCAGUUAACAGGUAGGUUGAAACUGUGCGAAACAAAAUUUUGUUUUCUUUUUCUUACAAAAUUAUUUUGAACGAAAUGCCGCAAAUGUAAAGAUAACGAAAUGUUAAUUUAAUUAUUUGAUCGGCGAAAAAAUAUUUUAUUGACGGAAAUCGCGAUUUUUGAAUGAGGAUUCUGGCAACCUCUCCAAAAAUCUUAAAAGAUGCUUGUUUUCUAAAAAGGCUAUGAAAGCCAUGAAUCUAAAAGGAUAUUUUGCUGCUCGCUUAUCUCCGUCGAGCUAUGACAACAUGAAACUGGAAAAAAUUAAAAAUUUCAAAAGCAACCGAAUAAUUAAACCAAAAACGGUGCUGAAGAUCAAGCCUAAGCGGCUAAGCCUAUUUUUUCAGCUUUUUUGGAGAGGUAUACAUAAUGUCUAACUUAUACCGCUACUUUAACGUAUUCAUUUGAUUCUUUCAGUGUGAAUGAAUGUGCUUUCAUCUGUUACCAAAACUCUUGUUCUGGAGCCAUUUUCGAACCGCCUCAGGGCACAGAAUUGGGAGGAAAGUGUAAAGUUGUGAGUAGAAAGAAGGAGAAGUGUGAUGCAUCUCUACAACGACAUUACUCCUACAAAACCAAACAAUCUGUGGGAUUGUCCUGCUUCCGUUGUGUUCACGAACGGCCGAGCACGGUGUCUCCAGACGCCAAGUUGAUAACGUCAACUAUCAGUUCACUUGUGCCUCCAGGGGAAACGGAGACCGAGAAGCAGGAUUCUCAGGACUUUCAGGAUUCUAUUCAUCUGGUUCAGUUGUCUAAGGGUAUGGUUUUGUAUUAUUGUUACCUAUUUUGAGUUUAUAUUUAUGUUAAUAUUAAAAGUAAUGUAAAAUAGCUAAAAGUAAUGUUAAUAUGAUUGUUUCUAGGGUGUACUAUUCACUUCCAAGUUGACAAAAUUGAAUCGCGACCUUUCAAGUCUGACUUUGAGGAGACAGUUGAAGUUGAAACAGCAGAUAUCUGUGCCACAAGAUGUUACCAGAAUGGUUGCACUGGGGCUUUAUAUACGGCUGAAAGCAAAGAAUGUAGACUUGGGUAUGAAGAUAGUCACGUGUGUAGUUAUGGCCCUCUGAUUACUCAUUUUGUACCCGCAAAGGCUUCUGAUGGCGUCUGGAUUCAUUGUGUUAGUUGCCGUAAGUCUAUUUUAAGUCUAUGUGGAGAUACUAAUUUUUAAUUUGAAAGUACUGUUUACAUUAUUUAGUAAAAAUAUUUGAGUGCUUGAUUUUUUAGAGACUACCGUACCUCGUAAGAACUCGUUGUUCGCUCAAAAGGCUACAGAAAAGCCGCUACAGAUUUCGACCACUAAAAUCGAGUCGUUAAUUGAAGAAGUUACUAAAGCUUCUGUUGAAUCUACAACGGCUGAGACUGUGGAAUCUACAGUAGCCGAGGAGAAGGUUGGGAAGCCAGUAGAAGCCGCUACGGUAUCUCCAGUAGAAGAAGCCACUUCUAAAUCUGAAGUUAUUGAACAAUCGACUACUGAAUCUGAAGAAAAAACUACAGGUAGUCACUCGGAACAUACUACAGAAGCUUCAGAGGCUACAACGAUUGCUGUGGACAAAGCAGUGAUUUCCGAAGCCUCUGUUACCGAAGCGCCAGCUACUGAAGAAUCUCAUACAGAAGCCGAAUUCCAUCACGAUCUGGAAUCUGUGACAGUAACUGCAGAGUACAAGGUUCAAACAACUGAAGGUACUGUACAGUCGACAACUCGACUUCCACAGUCUGUAGGUACCGUGCUUAAGAGUGAAGAAGUAAAUGAAGAUGAGGUCAAGAAGGUCGAAGAAGUGCAUCAGAAGUCAAAGAAUACAGAAGACGUGGAAAGCGAGAAGGAGAAGGUAGAACCCGGCCAUAAGCCUGUGUUCAUCACUGAAGCUCCAGGAACCGAGGCUACUGAGGCUGCUGAAGCAACUACUGAAGCUCACGUUACCUCAGAAGUGACAUCUGGAGAAGGUAAGAUAACUACAGAAGCACCAAGCGUGACGCUUCAAGAAGGCUACGUUAGUGACGAAACACAAGAAUCUCUGUCUUCUAUGAAGGCUACAACUCCGUCAACUGAAUCGUCUUCAGAAUCUAACGUCGAGAAGACUACCGUUGUGUCAACAGAAGCUGAAUCUACUGUAAUUAGUGGUGAAAAAACUACUGAAUCUCCUACAGAAUCGGAGUCUACCGUUGCCGUUGUAGGGGAGACUACUGCUUCUACAGUUGAAGCUACAACAUCUUCCGAAUCCAUCAUAGACAAAGUCGUGAAUUGGUUCUCGACCACUCCAUCAUCGGAAGAGACUACUGGAGCUUCAACUGUAAGUGAAGUUGAGGAGAGUAGCGAGAAGCCAUUGGCUGAAAGUGUUGGCACUACUACAAGCAGCGUCACGGAAUCAGAAUUGCAGACUACUGCUACGAUAGAAGAGACUACAAAGACAAUUCCAGUAGAAACACUGAUGCCUGAACAGGAUGAGAAGGAAGUUACUACCUCUAAAACUGUAAGUCAAACACCAGAGGAACAGUCAACCGCUGGAGACAAGGAAGCUACAGUAUCUGAAGCUACAUCCGCUGUUGAAGUCACAACUGUAGCAACUGAGGCUUCUGAGUCGCCUUCUAUACAGGAAACUACAGUAGUUUCAGUGGUGGAGAAUACUGAAGAAACUCAUGAAGUAAAGUCAGAAGAUCAGCUUGGAAGAACCGGAGCUACAGAGGCUCCAGAAGAGACUACUGCUGAAGCUAGCAAAACUACUCCAGUAGCCACCACGAUACAGGAGUCAAACGACGAAGCUACAAGUGCUACAGUAUCAGAAGAGAAGGUAGUUGAAUAUACAGACACUCCAUUGGGCAAAGGAGUCGAAGAAACGACAGAGGCUGCAGAAGCUGCUACAGUGGCUUCAGGUGAAGUUGUACAGAAUGCAGAAGCUGCCAAGGUCGAAGGAACUUCAGAAGCAAAGGUGAACGAAGAACAGUCUACGAUAGCUACAGGAGUAACUACAGAAGGUAUUGAAGCUACAACUAAAGCGAACGGAGAUGUUACAGAAGAAGGUGUUAAGACUACAGGAGAAGCUACUGAACAGACUACAGUAGCAUCUGGAGCAGAAUCGUCAACGGAGACAUCUACAGUAAAAGAAGUGAUUACCAUGGAAUCUGCUUUAAAAGAAUCUGUGGAGACGACAGUGGCUACGUCAGAACAACACGAUGAGACGACAGAAGUGCCUGAAUCUGCUUCUACGGUCGAAAACGAACGAACGACGGUAAAAACAGAAGAAGCCACGGUGAAGCCUGUCGCAAUUGAAAUCACUACGGUAGAAAAUGCUACAGAAGUAACAAUUGGAAAGAUCAAAGUAGAAGUUGAAGAGGAAUCUUCUACGGUGGCGUCAGAAAUAUUGACUACCGUUCAAAGUGCUACAGAACUCAGUGUAGCGGAAGAAGCUGGUGUUACAGAAGGCAUUACUAAAGAAGCUACUGAGUCUGUAAAGACCGAAGAGGAAGUUACCAUAGCUGGAGUUACAGAAAAACAAGAAGUUAUCGUGGUUAACGAUACGGCUACGGAACCAAGUGUUUCAGAAACAACAAAAUCAGAAUCUAAGGCUUCUGGAGCUUCGGCUGAAAAUGCAGAAGUUGUUGAAGCAACCACGAUAGGAGUGAUUUCUGAAGCCAGACCAAGCCCAGAAGAGCCGAACAUUGAGGAAUCUACUGUGGUUGCAGAAGUAAACAGCACUGUCGCUUCCGAAUCAGUCAGCACGGUGGAAUCUGUAGCAAUCACCGGUCAGCCUUCGGAAGUCACAACUGAAGCACCUGUCACGACAAAAGAGGAGGCUAGAGAAGAAACCACUGGUAGCACUUUGGCCGCAGACAAGACUACGGUGGAGGGUUCAGAAGCUACUACUGUCGUCGGGGUUACAGAAACCGUAGAAAAGGUUGAAUUUAGUCACGAUGAAGCCAAUCACAAAACUGAAGAAGCUGAAGCUACCACACAGGCUACCGCUACAGCGACUUCUGGAGUUGAAAGUUUGUCUUCAGAAGCCACUACUAUCAAAACUGUAGAAGAAUCAGUAGCAAAUGUUACUGAACCCGUUGCUACCGUGGAAUCUGACGACGAAGGUAAAAGGGUAGAAGCCACGACGGUGUCUACUGCUGAAGAAGUUGCGACUACAGUACAGUCCAUUAUAGAUACGGUAACAGGCUGGUUUACUACCACUGAAUCUCCAGCGGAAUCUGUUACGAAAGAAUCUGGAGCUUCUACAGUAGCUACAGUUGGAGAUGCGACUGUAGUAACAGUUGAAGUGACUACAGAAGAAACAGGAUCAAAGGUCACCACGGAAGAAAAGGAAUCUGAAGUUGAAGCCGUAACAACACCUUCUGUAGCUGAAACUAAAGAAUUCGAGCAUCCAGAAGCCUCCACGGCGUCUGAAGCUAAAGAAACUUCAGCUACAGAGGAAGCUCUACUUGCUACAACGGUAAUAACUGCAUUGUCAGAAGAUAAUCAGACUUCUAGCUCGGUAAAGGAGUUUACGGCUGUGGAACCCGUACCUACAACAACGAUAAUUGUGGAUGUUGCAAAGACUGAAGCUACUGUAUCUUUUGCGUCAACAGAAGGUGUAGCCGGGGAAGCUUCAGAAGCAACGACGAUCGCUUUCCAGCCAACUCCAGAAGUUGCGGCAGCUGAGAAUGCAACGUCGGAAGCUGAGUUAGAGUCAAAUGCUUCAACUUUGAGCUUUGAACCAACUCCAGAAGUUGCUACUGUUGGUGAAGCUCUGACUACAGAAUCUUUGGAGAACGCAACGUCAGCUAGCAAGGAAGUGACACCAGAAGCUGUUCCAGAAGCUAGUACUGUAGCUAUUGAAUCGACCACAGAAGUCGCGCAAAGCAGCGAUGAAUCUGUUACUGGAGCUUCAAAAGAAGUUGUUGAAUUUGUGACAACACCGUCAACAAAGGAAUCUGAGGAGAAAGAAACAACUGUGGCUACAGAACCUGAAGCUACCACAGCAGUCAACGAGGGUACUACAAAAGUAGUUGAAGAAGCUACUGUAACAAGCAAAAGCAAGGAUGAAGAUGUAAAGAGUGAGGUUACUACAAUUGUCAGUGAAGUAACAGAAGUCAAUAAGGUUUCCGAAGGCUCGACGGUUGCUGCUACAGAAGAACCGACAACUGUAGUUGUAGUAGAAUCUGAAGUCACUCCGGAAGCACCUGUCCUUCAGAAUAAAACUCACGAUCUGGCGACCGAAAAUGAACAACCAACAGAAUCUUCUACUGGUAAUGAAGCGACAACGGUAGCUUCAGAAGUUGUUGUUACAGAAGAAGCAACUACAGUGAAUUCAGAAGCUGUCGUGACCGAAGAAGUGGCGGAGGCUGAAGAAUCAGCAGAAGCCACGACGGAGAAAAGGGAGAAAAGUGAAAAGGAGACGACGGUCGAAGGCGCUACGGUACAAGAAGUAAAAGCAACUACAGAAUCUGAAGAAGAAGCUGCUACAGUUAAGACUGUGGAAGAGGUUACUACACUCAAAACAGAAGAAGCGGCUACUACCGUCUCAUCGGAAUCGACCGGAGAAACUCCUAAAGUGUUAUCUUCAGAAGACGCUGCUGCAGUUGAAGCUGAAAGUGCUACACGAACGAUUUCAGAGGGAAAAUUGACAACAGAAGGGGUUGAAGGCACUACAGUAAAAUCAGAAGGUAGGGGAAUGACUUGGUUUAUGUCUGUAAAUUACUUAAAUUUACUUUUUAAAAAUUUUUUGAAUUUUAAAGUUUAAAUUACUGUUUUUCAGAAUCGGAAGCUACAACUGAAGUACCGAAAGUUACUGUAAGCGGCGUGGGAAGUGCUAAUGAAGGUGCUGAAGAAGCUACUACAGUUGAGAAGACAGAAGUUACUGGAAAGGAAUCUGAAGCAACAACUACUGAAGCUACUAAAGUAACGAUCGAAAGUGAGUUGGCGACUACUGUAGAACCUGAAGUUGUUGAGUCUACUAUAGAAAGUGAACCAACCACAGUUAAGGCCAUUAUUGUUGAGACUAUAGAGUCUACGGUAAAAGAAUCAACUCAAGGAUCCGUGGAACUGACUACUGUAGAAUCAGAAGCCGGUACUACAGUGGAACCGAUAGCUGGUACUAUUGUAGAAUCUGUCUCGUCAACUGAAGUCCCAAAGGUUUUAGUUAGUGGAGUUGGAAGUGCAAAUGAAGGAGCUACUGAAACUACAGUCGCUUCAGAAGAGGCUACAACAGUUGAGAGCGUGGAAAAGGAAGCUGCUACAACUGAAGGUACGGAAGUGAAAGUAACAGAAAGUAUAGAAGCUACAACAUCAAUCAAUUCACAAGAAUUAGCUAAAGAAUCGACCGUAGAAUCAAGUGUAACGACAACAGAAGGUGUUUCUAAAGAAGUUUCAGAGUCUAUAACAUUGAAACCCAUCGUUAUUCCAGCUACAGAUGCUAUUAACGCCACAACUGAACAGUCUGUAGAAGCUACGACAGCAGAAUCUGAUUUGGCUACAGCUGAAAUCAGUAAAGCGACUACGGUAGAAAGUAAUGAUUCUGAAGCCACAACGUUAGGUGAGUCUGCGAUAAAAGAAUCAACACAAGGAUCCGUGGAAGGGUCUACUGUAGAAUCAGCAGCUGGUACCACAGCAGAACCGAUAGCUGGUACUACUGUAGAAUCUGUAUCAUCAACUGAAGUUCCAAAGGUUUCUGUUAGUGGCGUCGGAAAUGCAAACGAAGGAGCUACUGAAACUACAGUCGCUUCAGAAGAGGCUACGACAGUUGUGAGCAAGGAAGAAGUUGCUACUACUGAAACUACUGAGCAGAAAGUAACCGAAAGUGUAGAAGCCUCUACUGGAAAGCCAGAAGAGUCUACAGUAGAAGUAGUAGCUACAACAAGGUUAGGUGUUCAAGAAGAAACAACGGGAGAAGUAGAAGCCACUACUGUACUAUCAGAAGCAGUUACUAAAAUUGAGAAGAAUGAAGAAACUAUAGUACAAUUUGAAGGUAUAUCUCCAAAGAUCUUGGCUUCUGAAGACGCUUCAACCGUUGAAGUAGAAUCCACUACUAAAGUGGCAGAACAAACAACUGAAAAAGAAGCUGAAGCCACUACAGUAAUACUACAUGCUUCUGGUUCGACUUUGGAAGUCGAAGUUGUGACGGCUUCAGGUGUCACGGAACAAAAGUCGGCAUCAGAAGCGGCAGACGCAACUACUGAAGAAACCAAAGUGGAAGCUUCAACUUCUAUCAGCGAAUCUGCAAGCACGGUGCCUUCUAAGAGUGUAACGCCAUCUGUGUUGCCAGAAGCUACAACUUCAGAAGAAGUUGUUGAAACCACAGUUCAACCAGUUUCAAAUGGCUCAUCGUUGGUAGAAAAUGGCACAAUUGUAGCUGGUGCGACGGUGUCUGAGCUGAACGAUGAAGCUACAGUUGAAGUAGUAGCUACUACAGAGAGUGUAGCACAAACAACAGAAUCACAGGUCAAUGAAGCUACUGUAGCGACAGAAGGCAGCACAGUUAUUACUGCUCAAUCGACUGAACCGUCGGUAAAAGAAGCUACGCCAGCAUUUCUUGAAAGUAGCACGGUAAUAUCCGAAGCAGUUACUACAGUGGAAGCUGAAGCUACAACUGAAGUACCAAAAGUUACCGUAAGCGGCGUUGGAGCUGCAAACGGAGGUGGUGCAGAGGCUACUACAACUUUAGAAAGUGCUACAACUGUUGAAAGCAAGGUAACUCUAGAAAAGGAAGCUGAGGUUACUGAAGCUACGAAAGUUACAGCAGAAUCCGUAACAAGUGAGGCUGCAGAAGCUACUACUGAAAAAACAGAAGUAUCGACUGUUCAAGUUGUAGGUACAACAAUAUCAAGUAUUCAAGAAGAAAAGGUAAAAACAGAAGGCACAGAAGAAGCUACCGGAUCAAAAGUUGGUGCUACAACAGAAGCAUCUACGCAAGAGUCGGCGUCGGAAGCAACUAGUAUAGUAUCUGGCGCAGAAUCUACAGUAAGACCGAUUGUAAUGUCAGUUGAACAUCCAGAAGUUGCUCAGAGUAACGAUACCGAAGUUUCUGAAGUCCCCGUUGUGGCUACAACUGUUUCUGAAGAAGCGACGACGGAAAAGGUCUCUACGGAGGAAGAAUCACCAAAGUCAACAGUAGAAGUCGAAGCGACUACAGAAGUACCAAAGGUUUCUGUCAUUGGUGUUGUAAGUGCAAAUGAAGGCGCUACUGAAGCUACCACUGAAUCUGCUACGACUGUUGAAGAAAAAGAAACUACGGUAAAGGUAGUUGAAGUAACUACCGAAGCGUUAAACGCUGCCUCUUCUGAAGCAUCAUCAGCAACCACGGUGGAAUCUUCCGAAGCCGUAACGGAAGCUAAAUUGCCAGUUACAACCGAAGCUACUGUUGUCAAUGCUACUGGAAUUGCUUCACAAAAUGACGAGGCUACGGCGGUUACUGUAAUUUCUGAGGAAAAGUUAACAACUGUUAAAGUAAUCGAGGGUUCAGAAGCUACCACGGAAAGUCCAGCGGUUAAAGAAUCAAGCAAGGAAUCUACUACAGUAGGAACUGUAACAGAGGAACCGAUUAUGAAGGAGACGAUCGUGGAUAACCAAAAAGGAAAAGAAGGCACUGUAGGAGAAGCUUCUACUACUGUGGGUACGGUGGAAGUCUCAAAAGAAUCUACAAAAGGCGAAGAAGCAUCUACGGUACCAACGGUAGAAGAAACUACAAUUUCAUCGGAAAGUGCUUCUGAAACGACCAAAGAAGCUGCGGAAGAAUCCAUCGCUACUCAUUUACCUGACUCUACAUUAGAAGCUGUCGAAUCUACAACAACAUCACACGUUCAAGAAGGUACUGUCGUGCCGAACGUAGAGUCAACGACGGUGUCAGAAAGUGUAGCAACUGAGGAAUCAACAUCAGAAGUAACCUCUGGCAUUGAAUCUACAGUAAGACCGGUUGUAAUGUCAGCUGAACAUCCAGAAGUUGCUCAAAGUAACGAUACUGAAGUCACAGAAGUGCCUGUUCUGUCUUCGACGGCUUCUGAAGAAGCUACUACUGAAGUUGCAAAGAUUUCUGAAAGUGGCGUCGGAAGUGCAAAUGAAGGUGUCACAGAGGCUACGACAAUAUCAGAGGCGGCUACGACUGUUGAAAGCAAAGACACAACUCUCAAGGAAUCUGAAGCUACUGGAGUUACCAGUGCUGAAGACAAGGCUACAACAGAAGGAGUCGAGGCUACUACUGUGAAGUCAGAAGUUUCUACGCUUGAAGCAGCGGUGGUUACUGAAUCAAGUCCUAAAGAAGAGAAAUUGACGACAGAAAGCCAAGCAGAAGCUACGCCUGAGAUCGUUACUACUGUAGAAUCUGAAGCAGUUUCUACGGUGGAAUUUGAAGCUACAACUGAAGUACCAAAAGUUACUGUAAGCGGCGUUGGAAGUGCGAAUGAAGGUGCUACUGGAGAAACUAGUGAGCCUGAAGAAGCCACUACAGUUGAGAAGACAGAAGUUACUGGAAAGGAAUCUGAAGCAACAACUACUGAAGCUACUAAAGUAACGAUCGAAAGUGAGUUGGCGACUACUGUAGAACCUGAAGUUGUUGGAUCUACUGUAGAAAGUGAAUUAACCACAAUUAAGGCCAUUGUUGUUGAGACUACAGAGUCUACGGUAAAAGAAUCAACUCAAGGAUCUGUGGAAGCGACUACUGUAGAAUCAGAAGCCGGUACCACAGCAGAACCGAUAGCUGGUACUAUUGUAGAAUCUGUCUCGUCAACUGAAGUCCCAAAGGUUUCAGUUAGUGGAGUCGGAAGUGCAAACGAAGGUGCUACUGAAACUACAGUCGCUUCAGAAGAGGCUACAACAGUUGAGAGCGUGGAAAAGGAAGCUGCUACAACUGAAGGUACGGAAGUGAAAGUAACAGAAAGUAUAGAAGCUACAACAUCAAUCAAUUCACAAGAAUUAGCUAAAGAAUCGACCGUAGAAUCAAGUGUAACGACAACAGAAGGUGUUUCUAAAGAAGUUUCAGAGUCUAUAACAUUGAAACCCAUCGUUAUUCCAGCUACAGAUGCUAUUAACGCCACAACUGAACAAUCUGUAGAAGCUACGACGGCAGAAUCUGAUUUGGCUACAGCUGAAGUCAGUAAAGCGACUACGGUAGAAAGUAAUGAUUCUGAAGCUACAACAUUAGGUAACAAAGAAGUGGAGAUAGAGGCUACAACCGUUGCGGCUACAGAAGAACAAAACACUACAGAAGGCGAAGAAGCAACAACACCGUCAGCCUUAGAAGUUACGGAGGAAGCUAAGACUACGGUGAUAAUCUUAGAAGAACCGAUUAAUGAAUCCAUCAAAGUGGAAGAUGCUAUCUUGUUUACAAGGCUACAGAACGAGACUUCUGAAGCUUCUACUACAUCAAAGCCGACCACAGUACAAGCUGGAUUUACCACGGUGGAGGCUACUGAAGCUGUUACGGAUGCUUCGAAUAUCACAACAGAAACUCAGCCAGAAGCUACAACAGAGUCUGUCAAAGAAGGUACUACAGAAUCCAGUGUUACGAAAGAAACUGAAGAGAAAACUACAGUAAGCAGUGAGACUACCACAAAGUCUGUAUCUUCAUUUGUUACUGAAGAAGGGGAGAAAAUAGAAGAAGUCGCUACUGAAGCUACAAGCAUGGCUCCAGAAUCUACAGAACAAACUACAGUAACGCUUCAGAAAUCGACCGAGAGAACUACUGUAGAAGGAGCUUUUCUAAUCGGAGAAGGUAAAGAUGAAGAGGACGAGACAACUACGGUAGAAGUUGUAGCUACUACAGAAAACACAGAAGUUGUCAUCACUACGGAAGCUGGAGAAAAGGCAGAAGUGACUACAGAAUCUCCGGAAAAAAUGGAAAAAACUCAAGGUUUCGAGAAGGCACAGUCGGAAGAAAUAGCUGAGUCUACAACGGAAAGCAGCAAAGAGACUACGGAAUCUGAAGUUGAAGCUACAACAAUAUCAGUAGUUUCUGAAGCUAACGAGACAGCUACGGCAAAGGCUGACGAACAAUUUCAGGGUAACGUAGAGCCAGAAGCUACUACAGUUGCUGCAGAACCGGUCACUACAGUUCUCACUGAAGAGUCUACUACUGUCGGUGAGAAAGUUACAGAGGCAGUAACUGUUGGAAGUCAGGGUAAAGAGUCUACAGAAGCUGUAGAAACAGCGUCAUCAACAGUUCCUGAAGCUGAAACCAGUGCUGAGAGUGCUACAGAAAAGACUGUAGUAGUAACGACAGCUUUUACACCAGAAGGAACGUCUGUAGCAGUCGAACAUCAAGAAGACGAGGUAAAAACAACAGAAUCCCCAGAAUCCUUUACUCAAGAAGCUGGUAUCGAGAUUUCUUUUGUUGGAACUACAGUAGCAUUCGAAGCUACUGAAGGUACGAAAAAUGAAUCACAGUUGGAAUCUGAACCUGUAACGGAGACGGCAUCUAAGGCUACAGAAAGCGUUGAAGCUACAACAGUGGAAGUUACUACACAAUCUGCUGUUGAAAGUGCUACAGAAGCUAAAGUCACGACUCCAGAAGCGGCUGAAGUCACUACAGAAGGUGUUACUGCAGGAGAAGAAACAGUCGAAUCAACUACAGUUUCAAAGACGUCUCCAGAUGUUCAGAAACAAGAAGACCUUAUCACGACGACAGAAGCUGAAGCUUCUACGGAUAAGGGAGCCGAAGAGUUGGAACAAAAACUAAUUCACGAUGAACAAAACGUGGAAUCCACCACGGUUUAUGAAGAAGUUAAUGUUACAAAAGCUGAAUUUAAUGUAGAAGCUACUACAUUGUCUGAUGAAGCUCAGACAGCAACUUCAAAUGUUGAAGCAACUACAGAACAUGUUGCUACGGUGAAAGCGGAGCCUGAUUCUUCACCUGAAGUCACGAAGGUUGUUGCAACUACAGAACCUGACACUCUUCUUGAACAGAAGCCUGGAGAAACAACUACAGAAGCGGCCAAGGAAGAAGUUGUUACGGUAGCUGAAGGCACAAAGUCAGAAGAAGCUACAACGGUUUCAGAGGUCUCGAAAAUUGAAGAAUUAACAACGCCUUCUGAAGUUACAAAAGCUAAGGAAGCUACGACUGUGGCUAUUGAACUGACAACGUUAGAACAGAUUCUGGCAUCUACUGCUUCUGCAGAGCAAACUUCUGUAGAGUCUGUUGAAGCCACUACAGAAUUUGCUACGGUAGAGGAAGAAAAUGUAAAAGUAAACGGUAGCAAGGUAGAAACACAAGCGGAUGCGGCUACAACAGAAGUUCCGAAGAUUGAAGUGACUACGGUUGAAGAGCAUGGUACGACUGAAGAGACUAAGGUAUCAGAAGGCACUACUUCUGAAGCUAAUAACGAAGUAGAAGCAAGUACUGUAGCGAGCGUCACUGGAGAAGGAAAGGAAUUGGAAGCCACAACACCAGCUGCUACGGUAACUCAGAAUAUCAUCGUAUUCAACAAAACUACGAUUGAAAAGACUGAAGAAACGACGGAAACGCCUUCAGAAUCCACUACUGAGUCUGAGGCUGAAAGUACUACUGAAGAUAGUAGUAUUGUGAAGGCUGUUAGUGAACUUGUGGACAUCUUAGCUACCCAAGAGAGUAAGUAUUAUCCUUAUUAUAGACAUGUUUGAAAGUUUUUAUGGCUUUGCAACCCAAAUGACUGGUAUAUUUUGCAGUCGGGCAUGUAUAGUAGGUAUAAAUCAGAUUUUUAUUUUUAGCCACGCUGGAACCUCCAGUACAAGCAGUAUCUGAAAUUGUGGAUACUUUAACCAACAACAAGAGUGUCGAGUCAUUGAUCAACAAGAAGUUGCCAGCAGGUAUGGUGCAUAAUUAAAUAUCAUUUCUAUCACAAAAUUUUAGUUUUUAAAAUACUUUGUUUUGCAUAAAAACCAAGGACUACCUUUAACUUUAACUUUUCCUGACCAAACACCUUACUAAUGACAACAUUUCAGGAUGUGAGGACAGUGGAAUCUACUUCACGGCCAAAAAGUUGGAAGACUACACUCAGACAUACGAACUUGUACUGGCGUCGAACUCGAUCAGGUCUUGUGUCAAGUCAUGCUUGGAGCUUCAGUGUACGAAGGCGGCCUUCACCAGAUUCCCCAGACGUGCUUGUCUACUACACUUCGAAGACGGUGCUCCAUUGUCCUCAAGUUGUGACAAAGACUCGUUAACUCACUCGUGGAGGAUGACAAAGUAUAAUGAGGUGGUCGAGAUCACUUGCAUUCAGUGUGGUAUGUCAAUGUGGAUAUUGUUUAGAUCUAUACGUUACCCUUGUUUUACAGUAAUUUAUAACUUUAACUUGUACAGGAUUUUAUUUUACCUUAAAGGCGUGCUUUAACAUACUCAUUUUGUACCACUCGUACUACAGCUAUCUUUUUAUGGCAAUUUAUAUUAUUUUAGGUGAAAAGACCCAAAAAGACCAACAGCUCAAAGAUGACAACAUUGUAGAACCUCGGUUUAAUGGCAUUGUGAAACGACAAGGUAUGUUAUCAUUACUCGUAUAUACACUUUUACUGUAGGAUUUUCUGACAAAUGUGAUGGCAGAGUUGAGUUCAAACUGUUGGCGGUGAACAAACUGCCAAAACUAAAUGUAACUAAUGAUAUUGCGGCUGACACUCCAGCUGAUUGUGCUAAGAAAUGCUUCGAGACUGUAAGUUUAUGUGUUAUGUAAUAGCUUAUAUAUCAUAAUAAAAUAGUAAAUACUAAUGUUGUAGUUUGGAUCCGCAGAAGGUAAAUGAUGUUGUGGAAAUUGUAAAAAAUACUAUGUUAAUGUAGAUGAUAUGAUAACGUCUGUUUUCUAAGAAAAGUUAACAAUAUUAAUAUGUUAUUGUAGGAAGGAUGUACGACAGCUGGCUUUGUCCCUAUCUCGAAUACCCAGACUGGACAAGGUGUAUGUCUGACUACAGUAGAUGAGAGUAAAUGUAUCGAUGACAUCAGCUACACUCCUCAACAUGCUUCUACUGUGCCGUUUGUUAUCUCAUGCAUCAGAUGUUCUAGUAGGUUUAAAAUUCAAUUUUUAAAGUUAAAUCUUAAAAUCUUCGAAAUUUUUUUUAAAUUUUGUAAAGUACGGUAAUUGAUACUGUAGAUAUUUAUAAAUAGUACCAUUAUGACGCUACUUUCAGAAUGCAACUACCAACUGACCCAACUAACUUCGAAGAAUCACAACAAACAAUUCGACCACAAAACCACAACGAACACAGUAUCCGAGUGUGCGGAGUACUGUAACGAGCACCGGUGUAAGUCGGCGGAGUUUGAUCCCUCAUCGUCGACGUGCUUCGUAUCUUCGCAAUCGGCCGAAGAUACGAAGUGUCCGCGGAACGAAGUCGCACUGGAAGUGAAUGGUAUCUUCCCAGUGCGCAUCGACUGUGUACAAUGUUCAUAG